AGGGGCAUUAAAUAUCUGAUACACUAUCAGUUUUCUCAUUGAAUUAAUUUCUUCAUUUGCUAACUUCCUUCUCAGCGCCAUCCUCUCUUCAUUGUCCCCAGCAAUCACUCCCCAAAGCCCUCUACCUCUCUCAACAUGGGAUCAGAAAUGGUGAUGGUGGAUGAAAUUCCAUUUCCCCCUCAGGUCACAACCACCAAGCCUCUCUCUCUUCUGGGUCAUGGAAUUACGGACAUUGAGAUACACUUUCUCCAAAUUAAGUUCACAGCUAUUGGAGUUUACUUGGACUCUGAAAUUGUGGGACAUUUGCAGCAAUGGAAGGGCAAAACAGGAAAGGACCUAGCUGAAGAUGAUGACUUCUUUGAGGCCCUCAUUUCUGCACCAGUUGAGAAGUUCUUGAGAGUUGUGGUGAUCAAGGAGAUCAAAGGUUCUCAGUAUGGAGUGCAGCUAGAGAGCGCAGUGAGGGACCGAUUGGCAGCAGAUGAUAAAUAUGAAGACGAGGAAGAAGCAGCCUUGGAGCAAGUUGUCGAGUUUUUUCAGUCCAAAUAUUUCAAGAAAGAUUCCGUCAUAACAUUUCAUUUCCCCGCCUCUUCCGGCACUACAGAGAUUGCAUUUGCAACUGAGGGAAAAGAGGAAUCAAAGAUCCAAGUUGAGAACAAGAAUGUGGUCGAGAUGACCAAGAAAUGGUAUCUGGGUGGAACCAGAGCGGUGUCUCCUUCAACUGUGUCCUGCUUAGCCAACAAUCUGUCUGCAGAGUUGUCUAAAUGAACAAUGUAACCACCAUAUAUGUAGUCUUGAGUUUGAGCUUCUUUUCUUAUUGUCUUGUGGUUUGCCGUGUGCUUUGGUUUGAAAGACUUGGGGUGCUUUACGAAUAAUUUAUAUGAGCCCCUUUGGGGAUUUCUUUCUUUUUGCUUAAAAACUCUUUAAAACUUGUCUUGCUUCUAUGAAACAUUCCAACUGAUUUUUCUAUCUUCA